GUACGCUCCUGCAGUAAGUUGACACCACAAUUGUAAAAACAGUUAUUGUGUAAAAUUUUGGAAAACUUUGAAUUAUUUUUUUUUUACAUUUCUUAACAUUCUCUCCAAAAAGUGUGUGAUGUCAAUACAUAUUGCGGCAGAAGCCCUACCUCCCCAACCCACGCCAGCACUCCCACCCCAACCGCCAGCCCCACAACCACAGCCGGCUCCUCAUCAACCAAGGCAACGGAGGCGUGCUAGGCCACCAAUUUUCAGAACCCGUGUCAGACUUUUUGGGAUGCCAGAUGAUGUGGUGGUGCGUAGAUACCGGCUGCCACCACAUCUAAUCCUAGACACUCUCUCCAUAAUAGAGAGUGAUCUGGAGUCUGAAAUUCGGUAUCCUACAGCAAUACCACCAUUGACACAAUUCCUUGCAGUGUUACAUUUUUUGGCCACAGGAUCAUUCCAGCAUGUGGUUGGAGACCUGGUUGGCAUGUCGCAGGGCCAGUUCAGUAAGGUCCUGCGACGUGUCUGCCAGGCUUUCCUCAAGCGUGUUAAGCAAUUUAUUGCUAUGCCUUUGGAUGUUGGUGCCCUAGAUGUGGUGAAGCGGCAAUUUGCGGAAGGUGGUAGUCGCUUCCCACAUGUUAUUGGGGUUGUGGAUGGCACACAUGUAGCUAUUCAGCCACCAAAACAUAAUGAAGAAAUUUUUAGAAACAGGAAACUGUUUCAUUCUCUGAAUGUAAUGGUUGUUUGUGGGCCAUCCCUCCAGAUCCUUUCCCUGAACGCAAAGUUUACUGGAAGUUCCCAUGAUGCGUAUGUCAUUAGACAAUCAGGGAUAUGGCAGAGAUUAAGAUCAAGUCAACGACCAGACAUGUGGUUAUUGGGAGACCGUGGAUAUCCUUGCACCCCCUGGCUCAUGACUCCUUACCGUAAUCCCAGGCCAGGACCACAGAUGGCAUUUAACUCCGCGCUUACUGCCACUAGGCAGCUGGUGGAGCGCACAAUUGGUGUCCUGAAAGGGCGGUUUCGUGUUCUCCACCGCACUGGUGGCGACAUCAUGUAUUCGCCGGAGAUGGCAAGUAAAAUAGUGGUCCUGUGCGCAAUACUCCAUAAUAUCGCGGUAAGGAGUAGUGUAGAGCUUCCUCAGGCAGAGGAAUUGCCUGAUGAGGAGCCAGGGGUUGUGCCACGCUUCGGUGGGGGGAGUGUGACACGGAGGGGGAGCCAAGUGAGGGCAAGAAUUGUAGCAGAAUAUUUCAGCUGAAUUAUCACACGAACUGUGGACAACAACAACGGCAAAACUCCCCACCCCCUUCCCCUUCUCACUCCCCCUCCCCUUCUCACACCCCCUCCCCUUCUCACUCCCCCUCCCCUUCUCACUCCCCCUCCCCUUCUCACUCCCCCUCCCCUU